AAGUAAUGUCCUUCACAUACUGGUAGAUGUUCUCUACCCAGAACAUAAAUUAAAAGGAUAAGUUUCACAUAUUUUUCCCUAGAGACAAAUGCGGAAGAAUGAUUGAAGAGAAGCGUGGAUAUGGAGACUGAACUGCAGAAGAACACUUGCUCAAAAUUUCAGGGCUUUUUUAUUGUUUUCAGAUUUCACAUGGUGUUUUCAGAUUUUUAAUGUAAACGACGUGUUUGGAUGAAUCAAAUAGAAUAUAAUAUACUACUGUAUUAGAGGUCAACUCAGCUCAAUCAAUCGUUAACAUACUCAUAUCAUAAACCCAGCAAAUCUUCAAACAUAAGAGAAACAUGUUUUCAAAGUGUCAGAUCCUGCUUGCCUUUGCACUAUGCUUGCAGUUUCACAUGUCAUCUCAGCUUCAAACCAAAGUAGAAAUGCUUCCUGGUUUUCAAGGGCCUCUUCCCUUUCAUCUAGAAACAGGGUAUGUGGGAUUGGGAGAAAGUGAUGAUGAUGACAUGCAAGUGUUCUACUACUUCAUUAAGUCAGAGAACAACCCUCAAAAAGACCCUCUUAUGCUUUGGCUAACUGGUGGUCCUGGUUGUUCUUCCUUUUCAGGCCUUGCCUUUCAGAUAGGUCCACUUAAAUUUGAAAGCAAGGAGUACGAUGGGAGCGUGCCUAAUUUGGUCUUGAGGUCACAGUCCUGGACAAAGGUAUGUAGCAUCAUUUUUGUUGAUUUGCCACUUGGAACUGGCUUCUCAUACGCAAAAAAUGUCACUACACAACGAAGCGACUGGAAAUUAGUUCACCAUGCCCAUCAAUUUCUCAGGAAGUGGCUGACUGAUCACCCGGAAUUUUUUUCAAAUGAAUUUUACAUGGGGGGCGAUUCAUACUCUGGCAUUCCUGCCCCUGCUAUUGUUCAAGAAAUUUCAAAUGGAAAUGAAAAAGGUCUCCAACCAUGGAUAAAUCUCCAGGGAUAUUUGCUUGGGAACCCUUUGACAACACAUAGAGAAAGAAAUUAUCAAAUCCCAUUUGCUCAUGGAAUGGGGCUUAUUUCUGAUGAACUCUAUGAGUCAAUGCAGAAAAACUGUAAAGGGGAUUAUGUAUUUAUAGAUUCCAAAAACGAAAUGUGUUUAAGAGAUGUCAAGUACUUUGAUGAGUGUCUUUCAGGAAUUAAUAUGUUUGAUAUUCUGGAUAGAAAAUGUGAAGAUGAUUCACGUCGGAGAUCUCUGACGCAGAGUUUGGACUUGGAGGCCUCUCUUAGUUCUCGUCUUACACGGCCAGAAUUAAGCUGCCAAACCUAUAGUUUUUUCCUCGCCACUAAAUGGGCUAAUGAUGAGAGUGUUCGCAAGGCGUUGCAUAUUCGAGAGGGAACUAUAGGGAAAUGGACCCGUUGUUACACUACUGAUUUUAAGAAUGAUAUCUCUGGUAGCUUUGAGUUUCAUGUAAAUCUCAGUGCUAAAGGUUACCGUUCCUUGAUAUACAGUGGGGAUCAUGAUGCAAAAGUUCCUUUCAUGUCUACUCAAGCGUGGAUAAGGGCUCUAAACUACUCCAUUGUGGACGAUUGGAGGUCGUGGCUUGUUAAUGGCCAAGUUGCAGGAUACACGAGGUCUUACUCGAAUCGAAUGACAUUUGCAACUGUGAAGGGUGCAGGACAUACUGCUCCUGAGUACAAGCCUGAUGAAGGUUUUUCCAUGUUCACUAGGUGGUUAUCUAAUAUGCCUUUGUAAUUGGUUUUCAGUUGAAAACCACAUUCGGUGCAUUGAAAUUUGAAAAUGCGUGUCAAGGUCUUGUAACACGCAAAACGUGAAAGGAACUUUGGACCUCCAUUGGGAUUAAGUUGGAUUCAACUUGAAACCAAACAAAUGGAAGAAACAUGGCAGUCAAUGUUUAAAAAUGCAGUAUACUGAGAGAGUAAUGUAGUUGCAAAUAAACAUCUCUGUUAUAGUGGAGUGUUUGUGGAUUAGCUCGGUUUGUAAGAGUAAAGCCAUCCUACUCAGACCUUAUAAUAUUCUUAUUUUAUCAUUGAAUUGGUUUGAUUUUAA